CGUUCCUCUUUAAGGAAGCGGCGUGGGAGGCCCUUGGUUGGUGCGCCGUAGUUGAAAGACAAACCUCUUUGAAUAUCCGUACGGGACAGUUUUGAAAGUGGGCUACAAACUGAUGUAUAGAAACAUCGACUGUGAUAAUAACGUUGUACACCUAUUAUACAGAGCAUGGAUUUAAGAACUACGACAUCAAGAAGGACUAGUUUCUCGUUGCGAUCUGGGUGAGAAUGAAGACAUGCUGUGAAAUUUCUGUGUGCCAUACAGUCAUUUUAGGUAUUUAACUCAGAUUUCAGGAUGGCCUGACUGAGUAGCCUGUCCAACCUAUCAAACUGUAGGUAACAGACGUUGCCUGUGUCUGAUUGGUUCCUGCUGCUUGGCAUGGAGAUGGUUCCGUGGGCCACUCUGCUGAUGACAUGCAUCUGGCUGCAGAGUCUCACAACUGUCGCCCUGGACUCCUGCCCAGUGACACCACGCAAGGCUGUGGAUUUUUCUGUCCCCUACAGUUUGCCCUCCUUCCAAACACUGAACCCCAUACAAAACAUUGUGGUCGAUUUUUCGCAUGAUGUCUACGUGGCCUCUCGGAAUUUUCUGGAGGGUGUGAACGCCAGCCUGGAUAAGAUAUGGGAGGUGCGCACUGGUCCUGUGGGCAGCUCUGACUGUAAAAUCUGUAGCUCAUGUCCCAUUCCAACAGAUCCCAACCAUUUCGAGGACACAGACAACGAGGUUUUAUUGUUGGACCCACAGCUUCCGUAUUUGUAUUCUUGUGGGAGCACUCAGUAUGGGGUCUGCUAUUUCCACAAUCUUCAAUCACUUCCCCCGGAUUCAUCAAAAUGCCUGUUUAAAGAGGAGUCAAACUCCCCUGCCCACUGCCCCGAUUGCCUGGCCAGUCCUCUCGGCACGAAAGCCAGCAUUGUGCCCGUAGGGCACACUGCCUACUUUUUUGUGGCAGCAACUGUUGAUGAGCACGUGACUGAGCGAUAUAGCAGACAGUCCAUAUCAGUGCGGCGGCCUUUGUCAACCGAGGACGGCUUCUACGUGGAUGUGCAAGGCCUCACAGUGUUGCCAAAUCUACGCGCAUCCUAUCGCAUUGAUUACAUCUACAGCUUUGCCACGCAAGAUUUUGUGUACUUCUUGUCAGUGCAGAGGGAGAAUCCAGAUUUAGAGUCCUCCCGCUUGCAGACGAGGCUCGGGCAGCUGCCGAGCCGGGACUGGGAAAUGUGGAGGUACCGGGAAGUGGUUCUGGAGUGCCGCUAUGAACCCAAGCGAAGGAGGAGGAGCGCAAAGUAUCAUGACGUGAUCUACAACGUAGUGCAGGCGGCACAUUUCGGGAAAGCCGGGAAGGAGUUCGCCGGCGAGCUGGGUGUGGGUGUGGACGACGAUAUUCUGUACGGGGUGUUUGCCGUGACGGACGCGGGUGGAAGGCUCCUCGACGACUCGGCCCUCUGCGCCUUCCCAAUAAAAUUUGUGAACAAGGCCAUCGAGGCGGGAGUGAAAGACUGCUGCAGCUUCAGCCCGGAGCAACUCUCCCGGGGCCUCUGCCACUUUCAGCUCUGCGAGAGCUGUCCACAUGAGCAGAGCAAGGAGGACAAUGUCACCUGCACAGAGACACCCACCAUGGUGUCCCAGCCCUACUACAGGGUGGACCUCUUCAACAGAGAGAUGCGGAAUGUCCUGCUCACCUCUGUGCUGGUCACCACUUUCCAAUUCCAAACCAUUGCUCACAUUGGGACCAAGGAUGGACGGAUUCUGCAGUUCAUCCUAAGGAGAUCUGGUGCCACACUUUUUGCCAAUUACUCCCUGGCAGAGAAUGAGAUGGUGUCACCAGUCGCUGCUGUGCAGUCAGAGGAAUCCUUGCUCUUUGUGGUGGGAAACAAGAUGUUCAGCGUGCCCCCCCGGGGUCCAGGCUGCCGUCACUUCCUCACUUGCGGCAUGUGUCUGACGGCCCCCGCCUUCAUGGGCUGCGGCUGGUGCUCGGGAGUCUGCUCCCGGAAGCCCGAGUGCAGCGGCCAGUGGGGGAGCGAUUCCUGCCCACCUGUCCUCACCGAGUUCUUCCCAAAGACAGCGCCCCCUGAUGGUGAAUCGGAACUUACGCUGUGUGGCUGGGAGUUUCAGUCCCCUCCGCGGCCUGCCAUUAGACCUGGAACUCACCUGGUGAGGGUGGGGCAGACAACCUGUACAGUACUGCCUGAGAAGAGCAAUAGCGCACAGCUGGUGUGUAAAAUCAAUUCAAGGCAAGAGCCCCAGCCUGUCUCCAUCACUGUGGAAGUACAUGAGGGGAAGGGGGAGGGACGCUACUACAUCAAUGGGACAGCCCUGAUCGAUGGAUUCACUUUUGUGGCCCCGGACAUCACAGAUGUUUUGCCUGAUUAUGGGCCCAUAACUGGGGGCACCCUGAUUACUGUGACAGGGCAUCACCUGAAUGCUGGAAACAACAGGAGAGUUACUCUGGAUGAGGAGCCAUGUGUGAUCAAUAGUGUUUCCCCAGGUAGCGGAAACCUUUCCUCAAUUGUCUGCGUCUCAAAGCCUUCGGCCGAGCUGAAGGACGCGGUCCUGGUGGUGCACAUUGACAAGUCCCGCGUGCCCUCCACUGUGCCCUUUCACUACCGAGAGAAACCAGUGAUCACCCAGGUGGACCCACAUUGCAGCUUUCGCGGAGGGUCCAAAGUCACCAUCACAGGCAGGAAUCUGGAUUCUGUCUACAAGACCAGCAUCCGCUUUGUGCCCAGCAACAACAAGCAGCCUGUAAAAAGUUAUUGUAAUGGGACGGAGAGUCCCACCCAGAUGGAGUGUGUGACCCCCCCUUUCCUUGAGGAGUCCAUAGAAGGGCAUCUCUCCAUUGACAUGGAUGGGGCCAUUGAUCUUUGGAAACAGAAGUUCUGGUAUUACCCACAUGGUGAACCUAUCCCCUUUGACACAUUGCGACUAUCUCCCGAUCAGGAUGAAGUGUCUCUGCAUCACAAGAGAUUGAAUCUUGUCAGUUCCUGUAUGAAAAUCAUUAUGCUGGUGGGAGAAGUGGACUGUAAGGCCUCAGUCCUGGUCAAUGAAAUCACUUGCAGGAUCCCCAAUAACCUGACUAUCCCCAGUCAAGGUUUGCCUGUGAGGGUCUCUGUCAAUGGGCAUGUGUAUUUCGUGGGCAAGGUGAUCCACGUCAGCAACAACUCAGCAGUGGGCAUCGUGCUGGGAAUCCUAGCUGCACUGGUGGUUGGGGCCGUGCUAGCUUUUUUUGUCAUGAGACACCUGAGGAAGUUGAAGAAAGGUGAAGCUUCCCAGGCAGAGCACCGUUUGUCUUAUUUCUCCAGCCAGACCAGGAACAACAUUAUUGCAGACAUCUCUCCUACUGGUGACUACAGACGAGAACUGUCUUCAGACAGGACAUCUGGAUCAGGUGCGAUGGCGUUUCCUGGUCUGGCCUAUACCAACAGCCUUGACUCUUCACUGAGGCCCCUCAUGUACCCAGAAAAGAUCUGUAUUGCCAACCUCCGGCCAGAGCUGCUGGUGGAGGUGAAGGAUGUGCUGAUCCCAGCUGAGAUGCUUGAUGUGCAGCACCACCAGAUCGUCGGCAAGGGUCAUUUUGGAACAGUGUACCAUGGCUAUUUAAAAGAUCAGAAUAGCAAAGAAAUCCACUGCGCAGUGAAAUCCUUGAACAGGAUCACAGACAUCGAAGAGGUGGAGCAGUUCCUGAGGGAGGGAAUUUUGAUGAAGGGCUUCCACCACACCAAUGUGCUCUCCCUGCUCGGUAUCCUGCUGCCCGAGGAGGGGCUUCCCCUGGUGGUUCUUCCCUACAUGAAGCAUGGGGACCUCCGCCACUUCAUCCGCAGUGAGAACAGGAAUCCUACUGUGAAAGACUUGAUUGGCUUUGGACUACAUGUUGCAAAGGGGAUGGAAUACUUAGCAGGGAAGAAAUUUGUGCACAGAGACCUUGCGGCACGAAACUGCAUGCUGGACGAGUCAUACACAGUGAAGGUGGCAGACUUUGGCAUGGCACGGGAUGUCUUGGACAAAGAGUACUACAGUGUUCAGAACCAUAGGAAGGCCAAGCUGCCGGUCAAGUGGAUGGCCAUCGAGAGCCUGCAGACGCAGAAGUUCACCACCAAGUCUGAUGUGUGGUCCUUUGGCAUCUUGAUGUGGGAGCUGUUGACCAGAGGAACUAGCCCCUACCCACAGGUUGACCCCUAUGACAUCACACAUUACUUGCUGAAGGGGCGGCGGCUCCCCCAGCCACAGUUCUGUCCUGACUCUCUGUAUACCAUCAUGCUCCAGUGCUGGAACCCUGAGCCAGAGCAGAGGCCCAGCUUUACCACUCUUAUCUCUGAGGUGUCAGAGAUCCUAUCCAACAUGGAGGGGGACCACUAUAUCAACCUCCAAGUCACCUACGUCAAUGUGGACCAGCCCCGCAUUUACCCCCCCAUCAUAGAAUCUGCAGAUGAGCUCGAGUCGGACUCAGCCAGCGAAUGCUCGGGCUCCGAGUGAGGGCGAGGUGGGCGCUGGCGGUUAGCCAAGGGUCACCUGGUGGAUAGCUGGUGCUCAGCCAAUCCUCAAGUGCCUGCCUGCUGAACAGGAGCCCCUCACUUGAACGCUUGUGGAAACUGUGCCACAGGUUUGUGGAAACCAUGUUUUAAAAUGGGGCCAGUUGUUGACUCAUGUUACCAUGGCAAUGGGUGACAAAUGGAGGAGCUGCUCAGGUGGAACUCCCCCUCUCAAGAAAGCAGAAGGCAGCCUGCAGGGGGAUAUGAGGCACUGUAAAACCCCCUUGUUAUUCCAGUUGUGUGUACUGUCCGUUGCAUUUGUGUGCACUAUGUCUGCGGCAUUUGUGUGCACUAUGUCUGUUGCAUUGGUGUGCAUUAUGUCUGUGGAAUUCAUGCAUACUAUGUCUGUUGCAUUUGUGAGCACUAUGUCUGUGGCAUUUGUGUGUACUAUGUCUGUAGAAUCUGUGUGUACUCUGUCUGUGGCAUUUGAGUGUAUAUGUCUGUAGAAUCUGUGUGCACUUUGUCUGCAGCAUUUGUGUGUAUUGUGUAUUUCAGGAUAUUGAGCUUGUAAUAUCCUCCUCCCCCUGCACAUGUGCACAGAAAUCUGGCACAAGGAAGAACUGUAAAUAAGACCAAAUGUGGAUUUUAUAUAUUUUUUUGGAUCUCAUUUUUUAUUAUGAUAGACAUUUACAUUUCAAGAUUGAAAUCAAAAAAUGAUCAUUUCCACUUUGUCAAAACCCCUUUUCAUGUUCGAUGAAGUGUUGAGUCUUAUAUAAUAAUAUAUCAUUAAUUAUUGUUAUAAACACAUUCUACUAUACAGGCAAACCUGGGAGGAACAGUUAGAAAACAAGUACGUUCUUGGUUUGCGGUUUUCCAUUCACAUGGAUCAGUGACAUUGCUUUGCUAGAGUAAUUCGUCUGUGCUCUUCGGCAUACAGUAUAUAAUUCAGGGUGCAUUAAACAGCUAAAAUAUUUUCCGUCACCAUUAAUGAAAAGGAAAUUUUUCUGUAUUUAGUUGAUGUUUUGCACUAUUCAUAAACACAAACACCUUCAGAUAUCAAAUCAAAACCAGUAUCAGAGUGGCUGUUAUAUCAGAUGACACCUUCAAAGCCUUUUCCUUUUCUAACGUUACAACGAGCAGAGGAUGAUGAAUCUACUGGUGGCUGGACAGGCACACACACAAACACACACACAGACACACACACACACACAGCUCUGCUCUGCUCUGCUCUGCUCUGCAUCUGGGGAGAUCAAUUUAUUACUAUUCAUAGAAUAAAAUCUCUCUCUGGGAGGGGUUGAGACACAAGGUUAUGACAGCAUUGAAUGACCAGUUAAUUUUUCCAUCCAUAGUGUGUUCAUUUCUAUGACUAAGCACAAUCUAAUGUUUUUCUAAAAAGGAAGUCAUUUCCUCGUGGCAAGCUGUGUUUAACAUGGCAAGCAGUGUUCCUCAUCUGCAGGCUGAAAUAGUAACAAUGGGAUUUUUUGACAGAAUGGGACCUUUUCAGAAUGUAUGUUUGUAGAAGGAAGUAGGGAUGGAAAUCGGAUGGACAAUAAUUGGUGCACACACACACAUACUCACACACACUCACAGGAAUGCACAUACAAUCAUUUUUGCAUUAGUAGUAGGCUAUUAGUGUGAUAUAAUUUCAUUGACAUUGCAAAGAGAGACAAGAACUUGAUAUGUUUAAGUGACUCAUAGUUUAAUGUUAAAUGAUCAGAGUAUUCACUAUUCACAGAUUUAAACCUUUUGGGGAAAUUUAAAAAAAUAUAUAUGAUUGUUCAAAAAUGAUAGAAAUUAAAAUUCUGUUAUAACAAUUAUGCUUGAAUCUAAAUAUGCUUAAACUUUAAUUAAGCCACAGGGGACCUAUCUUUGAAAACAAGUUUCAAAAACAGGCUUGCAGUAACUAACCCUUUCUGAGCACUGAGUACGAGGAUGAAGCGAAAGCUUAGCCACUUGACUCCACUAAGAAACAUUGCACUAAUAAACUCAGGCAGAAUUUGUUUUAUUUUAUAUAAAAGGUCUUCAUUUUUCCCCACAAAUUUGGAUUUUUGGAAUGUCUGAUUUAAAAAAAAAAUUCUGAUUGUUUUUUUUAUUUAUUUUUUACUCCAUUCCUUUCGAUUGGAAGGAUGCAGUUGUACAAGGAGAUACAGUUUAAAUCUCAUGUUAAAUUUACAAAUUGAAAAGAAUGUCAAUAAAAAAAUGUCCAUGCUCUUGUGUU